UCUGGAGGACACAGACAUUUAGGACUGGAUGUUAGCUUGACAGACACGUGUGCGUUUAUGACUCCUAUUCUUUAAGUUGUUAGUUUUAGGCUUUCUGGGGUGAGGAAAAGUUGUGUUUUGUGUUUCACUUUCAACCUGUUGGCUUGUUUCAGCUUGUAUCUGCUUUAUUGGGCUCUGUGUUCAGCUGAGUAAGUCUGACUGUAAGUUAGACCGAUUCAUUAUUAUAGGUGGAAUCAUUGUCGACUUUUUGAGGAUGAGGUGUGUGUUGGUCGCACUCUGUGGGAUUGUACUUCUAACGCAGGUUAUUAUAACCGAUUCACAAGAAUCAGAUGCUUCACUCAUUGGGGACUGUUCUCAGUUUAACUCGUGUGAUGGCUGCAUCAGCGGAGACCCGGCCCUCAACCUGACUCGAUGUGUCUGGCAAAGCUGUAAUGACGGAAAUGACACAAGAUGCAUGUCUGACAUUGAAGACUCUGGAGGCUGCUCUGUCUACAACGAGACCGGCAUGUGUCAAACAGAUGGGUCCGCUGAUGUUGGAGGCAAAGAUAACACGAGCCCUGAGUUCUCUCAAGCAUCAUUUGACCUGUCCAGCUUCAUCGGGGGAAUCAUCCUGGUGUUGGUGUUGCAAGCUGGGGCAUUUUUUGCCAUGCGGUUCCUCAAAACAAAAGACAGCACCUAUGAAACUAUUGAUCCACCUCAGUGAGAAAAGGAGUCGUGAAUGAGAGCAAAAAUUACAAAACAAAACAUAAGAAGCAGAUAUUCAAAGAGAUAGAUGUUGCAUCUUCAGGAAAUCUAUAGACACUGUCUUCUCUUAUUGACGGUCCUAAAACAUUAUUAACCUUUUAAUUGCUUUGGUUAAAUUAUCACCAGUUCUUGAAUGACAAAAACUAUAGUUGUGUGUGUGUGUGUGUGUGUGUGUGUGUGUAUAUAAGAGAGAAAUAUGCAAAGAAAACAAUAUAGAUGUGAUAUGAGAGAUACAUUAGAGGAUUAUUCGCGUAAUUUCAAUCUCUUUGGUUUGGCUCCGUUUCUGUUUGUUACACUGAUUUGAGAAAUUGUAGAACUAUUCUGUUUCAUAUUUUGAUUAAUUGCAUGCCCUUUUAUUUGCUUUUUAUUUAAUUUUAUGUUUUGUAGUUAGUUAUGGACUCAUGUAGCACUGAGUUUGUUAUUCCUUCAUGAAUAAUGAAGCAAUAAAGUAAUUAGACUCUGGGAUGUUAUA